UCAGUACGACAUCUUAAAACGUUACACUGCAAAAACAACGUGACCUCCACACCAUUACCGAGCGGAUCCCGCAAAAUAAUCAAUCAGCCCAUUGACUGAAAUGGCAAUAGCGCAAUGGGAUUUUCCACUUUGAUGAUCUGUGAAGCAUCCCAACUCGUGAAAAUAAGGUUUGCUGCAUGUGUCGCUGGUCCGAUUACCGCUGCCAGCUCUACAUCCGCAUCAUACCGACAGCUUUGAAAUGUUACGACGACUCUUCACUCGGCGGCAUUCAAAUGAACUAUGGGAAGUUGGCAGGUUUGCGUUAUACCGUGUCAACAAAACGCAAGCGAUCGGGGCUUUGCCAGUCCAUUCCCCCUGUCUCCCCAGUCGCCUCAUAAGUACUGGGAGUCCACAGAAAAAGGAGACUGUCGAUUUAGACAAAUGGAAAUCCGUCAUGAAAUCCCAAUCACCAUCCGCUGAGCAAAAUGAUGCUGAGGAUGAUGAAACACGUGACGAGGAUGAAGUCCCACAAGGGAGUUCAAGUUUGGAGGCAGCUGGGGAGCUGGUUGCAAUGUGGCGGCUGGCUGGUAAACUGGUACCUCAAGAAAUCUCUGAUGAGGAGUUAAAGAUCUUUGCAGAGCUCACCACUAAGUCAGCUCGAAAAAAGUACCUCAAGUAUCUGGCAUUGAGGGAAAUCCAUAAAAGAGCACGCAAGGACAAGCAGCAACUGAAGAAAGCGGAGAGGGAAGCGUCGCUCGAGCAGAAGAGAGAUCAAAACACAGAUGGGGAUCAGAAAGAAGUGAGAAAUACUUUUCUACUCCAGUUCUGGGAUCGCAACAUGGACCGACUGCUGGCCUGGAGGAGCAUCCAGGCCAUGUUGUUUGACCAGCCUCUGGUCCUUGACAUGAGCUACGAGUCCAAUAUGUCCAGACGGGAGAUUGAAAACACAGUGUCCCAACUGAUGGAGGUGGAAGGAUGGAACAGACGUGCCAAGGAGCCUUACCAUCUCCAUUUUUGUAACCUACAACCAGACGGAGCCUACAUGAAGGAGUUCCUCAAGCGCUAUGGAGCUGAAACCUGGAACCGUCUGCUCAUCACCAACACAGAGGCUCACGCUGUUGACGUGUUUCCUCACGAUCGCCUUGUUUACCUCACCGCGGACUCCCCCAAUGUUCUCCGCACCUUCGACCACUCCAAAGUCUACAUCAUCGGCGCUAUCGUGGACCGGUCGAUUCUUUCCGGUUUGUCACUGGCCAACGCCAAGCGUCUGAAAUUGGCCACAGCCCGUUUACCGCUGGACGAGUUUCUCCACUGGGAGACGGGAGCCAAAAACCUGACCCUGGACCAGAUGAUACGCAUCAUGUUGAGCAUGAAAGAAACGGGGAACUGGCAGGAGGCGCUGGAAUUUGUACCCAAGAGGAAGCAUGUUGGCUUUAACCAGAACCAGCAACAAAUCACCAGUCAUGGACCAGGAGAGAAUGGGGACAGGUCUUCAAAACACAUGGGUCCGAAAAGUAAAAAGACAUUCAGAAGUGGGGAUCAAAGUGCUUUCAAGCACAAAGGAGAGUUUGGCUUCACUGGGAUGACCCGAGUGUCUGGAGCAUCUGGACCAGCUCCAACUAGAGUGCGGACAUCUCUUAAGAGUAACGUGGAAGGAAGACGUGAGAGAAAAAGCAGGACGUGGUGGGAUGAUGAUUGACGACGUGACAAAAACGACACAUUGUACCCAUCUGCAUUUGCGAGAAUUAAAUAAUGAGAUACCGUC